AUGACCCUAUGGCUUCCCAUACCAUGGCAUUGGCAGUGUUUGAUUGAUCCUUUCACAGGUUGGCUAUAUUUCUGGAACCCUGUAACGAACGUCACCCAGUAUGAAAGGCCAUCUCCCCCUCUCUAUCAUCAUCAAUUUUACCUACAGCAAUAUCUGUAUCCAUGGCUUCCUCCUCCUUACCACUGGUCACAACUCAUCCAGUACUCUAACCAGUACCCAGCACCAUCGAUUCCGACUGCGGUUCAAGCUCCACACUGGAUUACCAUUCCGUUCAGCUACCCACGACAUCAAUCCUUCAUUCAGGAAGGUGAAGAUAGGAUUAGUGAAUUGCCGGAUGACCUUAUCUGUCACAUACUUUCUUUUCUUCCAACAUUAUCUGCCGUAAGGACCACUCUUUUGUCUAAAAGAUGGAACGAGAUGUGGACUUUUGUUCGCCAUCUAGACUUCGACAUAUAUAGAGACAAGUUCCGUUAUGAAUCCCAUUUUACGAGUUUUGUACAAUCUAUAUUACUACGUAGGUCAUCAUUAGACAUUGAAAAAAUUCGUUUUAGAUAUGCCAAUUCCCCUGAUGAAUCUUCUUAUUUGAAUGAUCUGGUUUCUGCUGCCGUCUCGUGCAAUGUUAUUGAACUUGAUCUUCAAAUUCAUGGACCUUGUUGGUAUGUUGUUGAUCUACCUCGUAGCAUUUUCAGGUGCAAAACCCUCAAGGUUUUGAAACUGUGUAUAGAUCAAGAUAUAGAUAUUCCUGAACCUCCUACAUCAGGGUGUUUCCCAAGUCUCAAAAUCUUCCAUCUCACAGUCGUAGAUCCUCAUGAGACACUGGGAAGACUUCUUUCUUACAUCCCUGUGCUCGAAGAUUUGAGCAUACACGUAGAGGUCAAGUACUCUCACAUUUUCUAUGACAAUAUCAAUGUCAAAGUUUCUGCACCAGAACUGAAGACGUUGAAAUUAAGUAUGGAAUGGGAGGACUACUUCGAUUAUGAUGAAAUUACAAAACAGUACCAUUUUUGUGUAGAUGCCCCAAAGCUCGAAAACCUUGAAGUUAUACAGAUUCCUUUGUCAAAUUAUAUUUUAGAGAACCCAAAAUCCGUAGUCAAUGCAAGUAUUGCUUUCGAAUUCCUUGCUGAAGAAGAAUGGCCUCCCUUCCCAGACCAUGCGUAUCAGAUUCUGGCUGCAAUAUCCAAUGUUAAAAUGCCUCUCUCUUUCAGAUCAACCUUUCGAGGUAAUCAAGCUUCUAAGAUCCCUAUUUUUGGUAGUUUGAACCAACUGAGGCUGGUUCUCUGUAAUCAUAAUAGCAGCUGGGAGUUCCUAACAGAGCUUCUCCAAAAAACACCCAAUCUGGAAGAUCUAGAUCUUGUGUUGGAAAAUGUAUGGGAAGAUGAAGAUUAUCCAGAACUUCAAUGGAAUCCACUUCAGCUUGUGCCUGACUGUUUGUCAUCAAACCUCAAGACUAUCUCCAUAAGAGGAUUCAAGGGUCGACAAGUUGAAACGAAAUUAGCAAAAUACAUGUUACUAAAUGGUUGUCAUUUGAAUAAGAUGACGAUUUAUACAUCUAUCUCAGAGAAGGAAGAGACAUGCAAAGAGUUUUUGACUUUUAAGAGGGCAAUGACUUGUCAAUUGGAAUUUAAAGAGAUGCGAUUAUAG